UCCUUUAAACAACAACACAAAAUUAAAAGAGUGCACGGAAAUUUCACGCUCUCAAGAAAUCAAGAUUCAAUCUUUAGUUUCACCAACCCAAGUGCAAGAUUCCCUCUUUCUCUCUCUCCUCUCUCACUCGUAGCCCCAUUUUGAAUAUACAUGCAGAUCAUUUCUAUGCAUUAGUCAAUCUGUGGUUAGCAGUGCUGUUCUUGGACUUUGCUCUGACUUUUGCUGGAAUUGAAGCUCACUUGGAUGUGUUCCCGUGUCUUUUGAACUUCUUAAGUUGAUUUUUUUUUGUGGGUUUUAGGGGGAAAGGUUGAUUUCUCAUUUCCUUGGGUGAUUUUUAGGGAGUUUACUAGUUGGUGUGUCUAUUUAUGCAGAAUUUAGGGUUUUAUCUUUUGUCGGGUGCAUUGAGAAUGGGGAAUGGACGAGGAUUGUGCGUGGUUUUACAUGUGAGUCCUGAUUGAAGUUGAAAGUUGGGAUUUUUUUAAAAAAAUUGCUGGCAAGUUUGGAUUUUUGUAUUAGAUUAUAAGGUUUUUUGGUGUUUACCUAGCAAAUUGAGAUAAGGUAAGAAGAGUUUGAAGUAAUUGUAUUGGUUUUCUUCGGGGACGGCAAAAGGGGUUUUGGGGACGGCAAAAGGGGUUUUAGGAAAAUGUUUUAUUCACAAUUUAUAUUGGCGAAGAAGGGGCCGCUGGGAACCAUUUGGAUAGCAGCGCAUUUAGAAAGGAAGCUCCGCAAGAAUCAAGUUGCUGAUACUGAUAUUGGAGUAUCCGUAGACUCAAUUCUUUUCCCGGAUGUGCCUAUUGCACUUCGUUUGUCCAGCCAUCUUCUACUUGGUGUGGUAAGGAUAUAUUCUCGGAAGGUGAACUACCUCUUUGAUGAUUGCAGUGAGGCUUUACUCAAUGUCAAACAAGCUUUUCGUUCUGCUGCGGUGGAUCUACCGCCAGAACAGUCAAAAGCGCCAUAUCAUUCCAUCACCUUGCCUGAAACAUUCGACCUUGAUGAUUUUGAGCUGCCAGAUAAUGACAUCUUCCAUGGUAACUUUGUAGAUCAUCAUGUCAGUUCAAGAGAGCAAAUAACCCUUCAAGAUACUCUUGAUGGUGUCACUUACUCCACGUCAAAGUUUGGUCUGGAUGAGAGGUUUGGAGAUGGUGAUGCUUCUGGUUUGGACCUUGAUGAGGAAUUAUUUUCGGACAAGGUUGGCACUGCAGGACUCACGAACGAAAGGUCUGAUCCCCAGACCUCGGUUGGACCAAUGACACCUCUCAACCAAGAUGAGUAUCCUGAAAUUAGGAAUGUCGAUUCAGGAACCGGGGUUGACGAUAUUGAUGACUAUGCUGAUCUCAUAGAUGCACAGGCUCCGAGUACCCCUGGGCUGGUGGAAGAGCCUAAUUUAUCCAAUAUCCAAGAGGUUUCAGCAUGUGAUGACCAUAUGGAACUGGAAUAUCCUUUAGGGGAAUCUACCGUGAUAGAAAACGCAAAAAACAAUAUUUACGGGGAUAAACAAGAGGUUGAUUGGUCUUCUCACGAUAAUAAAAUUUGUGAUGCAGUUCCGACAGUGCUACCUGAGGAAAAUGGCCAUCAGUCAGGUGGCCUUGAUAUUGAUUCCUUAAAGCCACAAGGAGAAUCUCCUGUUGAAGCUAAUACGGAACAUGUUCCAGUUGAGACUUUAUCAGGAUCUAAACCCCCUUCUGAUUCCAUAGGUCAAGAUAAAUCUGUAAACUCUUCUUUGGAAAUGGCUGAUAAAAUCAUUGGGGCAUCUCAAGCUCCCUGUAUGGAUGAUUUACUGAAUGUAGAUGCUAAUGAUAUGAACUUGGUUCGCCCAGUUGACGAGAAUGAUCGUCAUCAAGGAACCUUCCAUACCGGCUUCGGGCAAAAUGCUUGUGAAAUUCCUGGUGAGGCUAGCAACUGCCUCCAAGAUGAAUCUUUCCCACAAAAUCGUGAAACUGAGGCCUCUAAUGAACUGGGAGAUCCAAACUCAUCAAACCUUGAUGUUCAUGAAAACGUGGCAUCUUCUGCAAGUCCUUUGCUAAGGCCCUGUAAUUCUAACAUGGAACACCCUGAUUUUAUUUCUGGAUGUGCCAUGUCAGCUGAUGCUGCUGUACGAUCUGAUGUUACUGACUUGGCAACUUCUGGGACGGAGGAGAUGGUAAUGAUAGAUAAAAAAUGCUCCGGAGCUGAUAAUCCAGAAGAAGUUUUGACGGAGAAGCACCCGCAAGAACGUGCAUUCGUAGAAGGCACUGAUGCAGCUUCCAACAAACCUCAUAGUCAAGUAAUGAAUGCCAGUGCACAUGAUGGUAUGGUGGAUAAUCUAAAUAGUUCUGCAGAAGCCGAUCUGCCUGCUCCUGAGAAACUGUUAUCAGUACCAGAAGACGUAGGUCAACAUAAUAACAUGUUUUCCGAGAUUAGCCCCGGUGAAUUUGCCGGGCUUGAUGCGAGUGAUGCUGGAAGCAAAGUCCUUUCUGGCAAGAAGCGUAGUUUUGCUGAAAGUACAUUGACAGAGCAGAGUCUGAACUCUGUUGAAUCUUCAAGACUGGUCCGCUUUAAUAGAACAAUCGAAUCUGUGCCUGAUGAUGAUGAUUUAUUGUCUUCCAUUUUAGUUGGAAGAUCAUCAGUUUUGAAAGUGAAGGCAACACCCCGUCCUUCUGAGGCGGCAUCUACUAAACGUACUCGCUCCGCUCAACGUACUGGUGCUCCCAAAAGAAAAGUACUUAUGGACGAUACUAUGGUAUUGCAUGGCGACAUGAUAAGACAGCAGCUGACACACUCUGAAGACAUACGCCGUGUAAGAAAGAAAGCUCCUUGUACACAGUCGGAGAUUUCUUUGAUUCAGAAAAAAUACUUGGAAGAUGAAUUUUAUCUUGAACCACUAUUUACUGGAAUGUCAAUUGAGCUAGUGUCUUUGCACAGUCGCAUAUGGAAUUUGAGUGGUAUCCAAGUCAGCAACAAUGAUCCAAAUGAUUCUUCUCUUGAAAAUGUUGCUGAUGUGAGGCUAACUUUUGAAAAUGUACCACCCGAAGACGGCAAAAAUGCUUCCCCUGAAGCAAUGGCUGCACCUCUCUUGAGUCCUGUUAGUGCGAAUAAUGACUAUUCUCUAGCAACUGCAGAUGAACCACAUUCAACAUCUCAAGAUGCUGAAAAUCAUGAGGGCUUGGACAUCGAAAGUGAUAAGGGAUCUGGAAUGCAUAAUGUUGCAGAACCAAAUGGAGUGUGGAUAACCGAUGAGCUUUCAUCACACAGAGAUAAUGAGAUGGCCAAGUCUAGUGAGACUCCUCUGCUGACUGAUAAUGGGAUUAAUGAAGUUCAUAAGAUGAAUGUAGAAAUCAACAACUGUUAUGAACAGAGUAAGCCCAGUGGUGAUGUGGAGGUUGAUGUUUCGAAACAGGAGCUUUUGCUGGAUGUAAGCGGACUGGAAACAAGUGACAAAAACGAUGAUGAGGUACAUUCUGCAAUGAUGGAUGCCAAUGACAGGCAAGCCAUUGAAGAUGUACUAGUAGCAAGGGAUGGUGAUGUUAAUUCUGGAUUUGAAACUGAGCCUGUGAUGAGGGAUGAUAUUUUGUUAGAGGUAGCCCAAGAAAGUGCCACAGUUGAGCCGCAGUCAAAUUCUGAACAGGGAAAGUUGAAGUUUGAUGAGCACAAUGAAAUGAAUAGUGCUGUAUUAGAGGGAAAUGUUGAAUAUUCUUCAUAUACAGCACAACAAGAUUAUGAUUUCAUGGAGAAUGGCAGAAGCCCAGAACAGCCAGAAGCUUAUCCUCACAAUAUGAUGGGUGCCGAAAGUUCUGGCUUUGAUAUGCACGAUCAAGAGGAAUGGAAGUAUUCGGCCGCAGAAAAUGACACAGAUUUUCUAAAUGUUGAUGAUGACGAGCUAAAUGAAAUGGCGGAUGAUCAUGAUAUUGCUGAUGAGGAAGAAGCACGAUUCAUUGAGAACACUGGGUGGUCUUCACGUACAAGGGCCGUUUCCAAGUAUCUGCAGACAUUGUUUGUUAAAGAGGCGGAGCAAGGAAGGAAAUCACUUACCCUAGAGCACCUCUUAGUUGGUAAAUCACGCAAAGAAGCUUCGAGGAUGUUUUUUGAAACAUUGGUUCUGAAAACAAGAGACUACAUCCAUGUAGAGCAGCAGGACCCCUUUGAUGGGAUUGCCUUGAAACCUCGAAUGAGGCUGAUGAAGAGCGAUUUCUGAGCUCGUGUACUCUUCUGAAACUCGUGCAGAGACAGACUUUUUUACAGAAGGCAGGCAGAGAACUCAUAGAGGUUUUAUCUGUGAAAGUUGAACUCGUCCAAAGUUUGUAGCUGAGGAAAUCAGAAUAGUGGUUGUAGCUUGUAACUGCUAAAAGUUGCUAGAUUUUUAAUUUUAAUGGUACAAAUAUCUUAGUAGUACGAAUAUAUGUAAAAAUAAUGCACAUCCCUAUUUGUAACUUGAUGUAUAUAUGGCAGAAUUUUAAUUGUUAUUUUUA